AUGAUAUGCUUGGGAUAUGUCUUUGGCCGUCUCAUCAGGGAUAUACAUCGGGCCAUAAUGAGGAUCUAUGAUCAGCUGCGUUUGCUGCUUAUACAGCAGAGGAAGAAUACGCGUAUUGCAAACGGCAUCAGCCUGGACUUGACGCAACACGCGCGGCGGACGCGCGCCUUCGCCCAAAGCAUGUCGAUGGAGAUGUGGAAAAAAGGUCUCGCGCGUGUUCCAGACGCGAUUGCUCGGUGUAAUCGUCGUGUGAGAACUUGGAAGGAAGUAGAGAUCUCGGUAUCAAGCAUACGUAUACGGUACUCAAAAUACGCCUGGCUGAGGUCCCUGGGCGCAGCAAAUCUGCCAGUGAAUUUUGAUGGCUUUCACGACCUUCUCCUUUCCAUAACAAUCGACAUCUCCUUCGAAUUCCUGCAGAGGCCAUCAUCGCCACCAUUGAAACGCCUCGAGCAGCGCUUCUUGAACUCCCGCGAACCUUCUGACUCGCAAGGCACCAACCCGCUUCAGCCAACGGUAGGCGAUAUCUCAGCCCGUCAUUCCUCUCAUCAACCAGAUCUUCACCAAACAGGAAACAUGCCGGCCACAAUGCUGCAUCUCCCUCGAGAGCUCUACCUCGAGAUCAUCGACUCCCUGAGCCCCAAAGACAGAUCAACGCUCGCGCGUCUGAGCAAAGAUCACUACCUCGCAGUUCAAGAGCCUCUGUAUGCUCAUACCUCGAUCAGUGCCUGGCCGAGGCUGGUCGUUCUAGUUCGCACUCUCAUGAAGACUCCUAUCGUCUCCUCUCUGAGCGCUAAGCAGCGACUUAACUGGCAUAAGCUUUCCGACCACCAACUACGCGAGCGCAGCAUCAAGACCCUCGAUAUCACCCUCAAGAGCUCAGAAACUAGGAAUGCCACCGGAGCUGAUCUUGCGCGUAUGGUCGGCGCGAUAUCGAGGGUCAGUCCUGGCGUCCGUGGUAAGUAUCGAUCGGUGUCUAGGGACUGGAAAAGUCGGAGAUUCGCGACUGUGCUCGAGAAGAAUCGCAAGUACACUCUGCUCACGCAGCUCCAGAAUUUGUCCCUGCCGGAUGUAGUUCGUCUUACAAUGUAUCUCGGCUACUACGUAAGCGAGGCAGAAUGGCGACGCCAAGAGAUAGAUAUCAAUCUGAUCCAAGAGACCAAAAUCAAUCUUUGGGAUCUGUGCUUCGGCGGCAGCGUGUUGCCAGACCUCCGCCACAUCGAAGCGGACACACAUCAUCACUCACCAGAAAAACGACCCACGACACUUGCUGAAGCUUCCAAACUCCAAAGAGCUCAGUAUCGACUUCGUCGAGGUAGAUUUUUCGAUGUCGUAGCCAAGCCAUUUGACGUACUUUACGGAAUAAAGAAGAUGGAAAGCAUCAGCUUGAACUGCAACCACCUUCUAGAAUCCUGCGUGCUGGAGUCGCUCUUCGACUCCAACAUCAUCCCGCAGAAUCUGACGAAGCUCGAAAUCACAAACUGCCCCUCCUUGCACCAGACAGUGGAUCUUGCAGCAUUAAGCAUGCUACUCAAUCGCGGUCUAAGAUUGCUCCAACACCUCAAACUCCACAUCCAAGGAAUCAGAGGCUAUAUGGCAGAAUCCGAAGAAACAAGUUACAAGAACCACAUCAACAAUAUCCCUCACCACCACCUCUGCAACGUCGUACGCGAAGCAGGCCAGCAAAUCAAACACUUAGACCUCGCCCUCCCUUUUGCAUGCAAAAACAUCUUCCUCCCCAUCCCCCGCACCAAACGCGAUCGCGUCGAACCAAGAACCCACCCACACAUCCCCUACACUCCCCCAUCAACUCUUCCCGACCGCCUCAUUGCCGAAGGGUACCGUCACCGGCGCCUCAUCGUCUGGCAUGGCAUUUGUCGCGAAAGUCAUGAUUGGAGAGAGAUGAAAAUUGCAGCUGAUGAUCAGGGCGAGCGUGUGAGUUGGGAGAUUGUGAGUUCGGGAGAUGAUUGUGCCAGUUGGCAUGUGGAUGGAUGUUUGGCGUUGGGGUAUCAGGGUGGGGAUGUUUUGGUGAGGGAGGGUGGGGUGGAGGGGUAG